CUGCCGCACUUUCCAAUGCCUAAGAAUAGCAAGGUGGUAAAAAGAGAAUUAGACGAUGAGGUUAUUGAGUCUGUCAAAGACCUUCUUUCCAAUGAAGACUCAGCUGAUGAUGCCUUUAAGAAAAGUGAACUAAUUGUUGACGUCCAAGAAGAGAAAGACACAGAUGUUGAAGAAGGAUCUGAAGUCGAGGAUGAAAGACCAGCUUGGAACAGUAAACUACAAUACAUCCUGGCCCAGGUUGGAUUUUCUGUAGGAUUAGGGAAUGUGUGGAGAUUCCCAUACCUCUGUCAGAAGAAUGGGGGUGGUGCCUAUCUUUUGCCAUACUUAAUACUGCUUCUGGUAAUAGGUAUUCCCCUUUUUUUCCUGGAACUUUCCGUGGGUCAAAGAAUUCGGCGAGGAAGCAUUGGUGUGUGGAAUUACAUAAGCCCUAAACUGGGAGGGAUUGGAUUUGCAAGUUGUGUAGUAUGCUUUUUUGUGGCUCUUUACUACAAUGUCAUCAUUGGCUGGAGUUUGUUUUAUUUUUCUCAGUCUUUUCAGCAACCUCUACCUUGGGAUCAGUGUCCUUUGGUGAAAAAUGCUUCACACACUUUCGUAGAGCCAGAGUGCGAAAAAAGUUCUGCCACUACCUAUUAUUGGUACAGAGAAGCACUGAAUAUUUCCAGUUCCAUUUCUGAAAGUGGGGGCUUAAACUGGAAGAUGACCGUCUGCUUGCUGGCUGCCUGGGUUGUGGUGUGCUUGGCUAUGAUCAAAGGCAUUCAGUCUUCUGGAAAAAUCAUGUAUUUUAGUUCUCUGUUCCCGUAUGUGGUACUUAUAUGCUUCCUAAUCAGAGCACUCCUUUUAAAUGGUUCAAUUGAUGGCAUCCGUCACAUGUUUACCCCUGAGCUUGAAAUAAUGCUGGAGCCCAAGGUCUGGAGAGAAGCUGCAGCUCAGGUGUUCUUUGCCUUAGGUCUGGGAUUUGGUGGCGUCAUUGCCUUUUCAAGCUACAACAAGAGAGACAACAACUGCCACUUUGAUGCCGUCCUGGUGUCCUUCAUCAAUUUUUUUACUUCUAUCCUGGCAACAUUGGUGGUGUUUGCAGUUCUGGGCUUCAAAGCAAAUGUCAUAAAUGAGAAAUGCAUUGCAGAAAAUUUGGAAAUGGUCAUCAAACUUGUGAAAAUGGGCAACAUUAGUCAAGAUAUUAUUCCCCAUCAUAUCAACUUUUCAGCUGUUACUGCGGAAGAUUAUCACUUAGUUUAUGACAUCAUUCAAAAAGUGAAAGAAGAAGAGUUUCCUUCUCUUCAACUCAAUUCCUGUCAAAUUGAAGAUGAGCUAAAUAAAGCUGUUCAGGGGACUGGCUUAGCUUUUAUUGCCUUUACAGAAGCAAUGACACAUUUCCCUGCAUCUCCCUUCUGGUCAGUGAUGUUCUUCCUCAUGCUGGUAAAUCUAGGGCUUGGCAGCAUGUUUGGAACCAUUGAAGGGAUCAUCACACCCAUUGUGGACACAUUCAAAGUGAGGAAAGAAAUUCUCACUGUUAUCUGUUGUCUUCUGGCAUUUUGUAUUGGCCUGAUAUUUGUGCAGCGCUCUGGGAAUUACUUUGUUACAAUGUUUGAUGAUUAUUCUGCUACCCUGCCUCUGCUAAUUGUAGUCAUUUUGGAGAAUAUUGCUGUAUCCUUUGUUUAUGGCAUAGAUAAGUUUAUGGAAGACUUAAAGGAUAUGCUGGGCUUUGCUCCCAACAGAUAUUACUACUAUAUGUGGAAAUAUAUUUCUCCUCUAAUGCUAUUAUCACUGCUAAUUGCUAGCAUUGUGAAUAUGGGAUUAAGUCCUCCUGGCUAUAAUGCAUGGAUUGAAGAUAAGGCAUCAGAGGAAUUUCUGAGCUACCCAACGUGGGGAAUGGUUGUCUGUAUCUCUCUGAUGGUCCUGGCAAUAUUGCCUGUCCCAAUUGUCUUCAUCAUUCGUCGCUGCAACCUUAUAGACGAUAGUUCUGGUAAUUUAGCAUCUGUGACCUAUAAGAGAGGACGGGUUCUGAAGGAGCCUAUAAACUUAGAGGGAGAUGAUGCAAGCCUCAUUCAUGGAAAGAUAUCAAGCGAGAUGUCCUCUCCAAAUUUUGGUAAAAAUAUUUAUAGAAAACAGAGUGGAUCACCAACUCUGGAUACUGCUCCCAAUGGACGAUAUGGAAUAGGGUACUUGAUGGCAGAUAUGCCAGAUAUGCCAGAUAUGCCAGAAUCUGACUUGUAGCUGGGGGGCAAAAAUCAGUGGGAUUUUAUCUGGUUCAUUUUUGUCAAUGAACAUUGGCUCUACUAAGAGAAGCGAUAGACUUCGCUUAUCAGAGGGCGAUCUCAGGUGCUCCAUGGCUGUGAUCUUUAAUCCUAGCAGUGUAUGUAAAUUCAACAUGAGCAUUCCUUUGGAUUCUCUGGUUUACAUUUGCACAGAAAGAGCCACAGACACAGUGUACAAUAACUGAGGUCCAUGUUGGUCAGAAUUUUCAAAAAUACCUUUGGUGUUUUUUUCAAGGAUUCCUAUCUCUAAAAACCACAGGUGUUACCUCAGUUUCUAAUAAUUUCUGGAUGUCAUGGUAUGGGCAACUCAAAAAUGGUAUACUUCAAAAUCUAUAAGUUUGCCUUCAGGGUAAUCCCCAGGGUUACAAUGACCAGUUCUGUAAGUUGGUGCCACUCAGCACACUUCCAUGAACAUAUUGUGUAGAUAGGCUGUACUUAUUUUGGUAGCAUUGAUACCUUCUUAGGCAAUUAGUUGAAGAAAACUGCAAAAUAUUUUCUUACGUAAUAGCUGUAUAGAGCAAUAGUAUCAAAGAAUAAGAAGGCACUAAUGCUGGGAUGAAAGGUGAGGUUCUGAGGUGACUGGGGAUCAUGUGUGUGAUGGCUGUAUAUUUUGUGUAAAAUAUAUGUGUGAAAAUGAUCUAACAAUGAGUCACUCAGCACUCUCAAGAAUUAUGCAGAUUUCGCAUUUUUUUAUGCGUGUGCCUAAAAACCUACUUGGUAUUUAUUGCAGUUUCAAGAUUACUCAUAGUAUAUUUGUAAAAUAUACUUGCAAUGUAUAUAGAUGUAUAUUAGUACUCUAAGUACUGAUUUGAAAACUUGAAG